UUGAAGCGAAAGUUGAAACUAAACGUUUGCCUUCUUCUUCAUACUCUCGCGUUACUCCGUGACAUCAAUAACUGAAUCCAACCGGGAGCGUCAGGACUGGAAGGACUAAGUGUUGUCCUCCUUUUCCACAGUUAUGGGAACUUUUAACAAACUUAGGAGGAUUUUAAAAAGUGAGCUGCUCUUUAUUUGCUGCCUUUUCUUCGGAGUCGAACUCCUAACAUGUCAAGUCUUACCACCACAAAAUGUGACCCUAACGUGGCCCAAAGAUUUUUGGCCUCGGUUGUCCUGGGCACCACCGCCACAUUCAAUGAAAAACUGCCAAUAUGAAGUAAUAACAAGAAAAAAAGAUGGGGGCAUUGAUGGGAAAAGUUAUUCCAACAACACUUCAUGGAGCGCCAGGAGAGUGAUGGAAGGAGGAGUUCUGAAGUUGGCUUUGGGAACUGUCUGUAAUGGCACUGAAAGUGUAAAGGUUGAAAUCAGAUCCGAUUACAAAGAUCUGGUGAAAGAUUUGCAGUGCUUCAUCAAGUCCUCCACACUCACUAACUGCACCUGGCUCCACGCCACUAAAACGUCAGAUCUCCGUUUUUUUUAUAUGUUUGCAAAUAAUGACCCUAAUAAAUCUCUGGACGAUAAAUCCCAGUGGACCCCGUUAGUAGAGUGCUCAGCAUACAGAGACGUUGGAGGCAUCAGAACUGGUUGUGAUCUGCAGGCGAAACCCACCCAAACACUGUUCAUGCUGCUCAAUGGAACCCUUGACAACGAGCCAGUCAGAAACACCUUCAAGAAAAGACUUCUGAAUUUUGUGAGACCUCCUGCCCUCAACUGGACGGUCAUUAAAGCUGAAAAUGACUUCAUCAUUAACUGGAUUCCUCCUGAUGUAUUCCCUCUGAAUUCUGAGUUUUAUAUUCAGUACACUGAGUGUGGUAAACUAAAGCCACAACGUUCAGCAAAUGGAGUGACAUCUCUUAAGCUGCCGAGGCUAUCUCACUGUCAGUACGGGAUUUCUAUUCAAGCAAAGACAGAUGAAAACGAGACGCCAUGGACUGAAGAGAAGUAUUUCAGUGCAGAUACAGAUCCGAAUGCAAUUCUAUAUGCUGUAGUUAUCAUCCCAUUGAUGUGUGCUGGCCUGGCAGUCCUCGCCGUUGUGUGUUGCAGGAAGAAUAAGGAAGCCCUUUUCCCCAAAAUACCAGAACCUCGAGACCUCAUCAGUGAGAUUUUUAGCAACAACAACAACAAGAGCGUUAUUCACAAACUGUACAUCCCUGCAGAGGAAGAAGAAAACUGCAAAAUCACUCUGGUGAUGGAUCCCCAAACAGACAAACUCUCCUCCUAGCAAACCUCUGCAGUAAAGAUGUGUUUUAACCUGCAACACCUCAACAGCUCUCAUUCAUCUAUGGUGCUGGCUCUACAACAAAUUGGAAGAUUGAGUAGCCAAAUAUGUUGAUGGAGAUUAACUUAAACAGUGGCAGCUACUGAACUCCUGCACGUGGUUAUUUAUAGAAAAAUGCAGUUAAAAAAAUCAAACUGUACAAAGCUUUCUUGUUUUCAUCUGGGUGGAGUAGAAGAGACAUGAGUUGCACUGAAUUGUUUUUAUCUGGAUAUCAGGAUCGUAAAAAAAAAAAAAAAUGCCCAGAGGAUCUGGAAAACAUUGAAACAGUCGUGAAAAAUGUGCAUCAAUUCCCUGAUAGUCUAUAGCUGCACAAUAAUUCCACUUUUUUCUUUUUCAGGGUUAGGUCUUUACUAAAACCCCAACAUGUUUUCUGUCCUCCAUUGAAAAGACCCAAUCAGGUUACUUUACAUUACUGCAUUCAUUUUCAUAUUCCCAUAAGGUAAUAAAUAACACCAUCAUGCACCAUGGUGCUGGAGGCCUGUACUUUUGCUGAAAGACGAAAAAUAUAUAUUAUAUAUUGUAGGUGCUACAAUAUAUGUAGCCUACGUACCUAUGUCACCUAGUUUUCAUGGAUUAGAAUUUUAAAGAUUUUAUCAACUUUAUUUGUCACUGCAAUACGAUUUUCAUAUAUUUUGUGUUUAACUGUACAUUAAGCAGUCCUUUUUAUAUCAGGGUGAACAGUUCUUAAUACUCUAGGCCAGGGGUUCCCCAACUUCUCAGCUCAUGACCCCCAAAAUAAGAGGGCCACUGUCCCCCCCCCCCCCCCCCCCCCCACAGUCCGUAGAGAUGGUUAGAGCGUAUAACUUUGCUCAUGCACUAACAGGCCACACAAAAGAAGAACAGCCUGAAAUGAAUUCUGUUGUUUUAUAAGGUAAUUUAUGUCUAAGUAGACUUUAGCACUGAGUGGACAUACAAACGUAAUAAAUAGACUCAUCGGUGUGUUCAUCUUUGUGUCUAUAGCGCAGCAGACAUGUUAAUGAUCCCAGAGGAUCUGCAGGAAACAUUUUAUGUAUUUUUAUUUGUAUAUAUUUUUACAUCAAUGUGUAAAUCUAAAAUCGAUAUUUUUAUAUUUUUUAAGGCAUUUUGCGACCCCCCUCAUGGUGUCUUGCGUCCACCCGGGGGAUCCUAACUCCCACUUUGGGAACCACAGCUCAAGGCUUACUUUUUUUUUUUUAAGAUUUAUUUUUGUGCUUUUUGUGCCUUUAAUGCAGAGAUGUGACAGUGGAUAGAGUCAGAAAUCAGAGAGAGAGAGAGUAGGGAAUGACAUGCAGGAAAGGAGCCACAGGCUGGACUCGAACCUGGGGCACGCACACUAACCACUGUUCCACCAGCACCCCUUUUUUUACUUUUUAAAGUUUUUUUAUCGACCAUUGCUCGUUCUCUUUGACAAAUUCACCAGUUGGAUAAAAAGUAGAUAGAAUAAACUGCAUGCAACAACCGGAUAAGCACUUAUCGUGCUGAGGAGGAGGUCAUCUUUUACAGCUACAUUGCACCAUUCCUCUGAAGUGCUGCUCGUGUCCCCCCCUACAUUACACUUAGCUUUUCUUUCUGAUUGAAUGUGAAACGACUUUUUACAUCCUUUAUGUGUUUCAGCUAGAUCACUGGUUUGUUCUUCUGAACGGAUAGUUAUACACUGAACUUUGCUGAUAAACCUAAACAUGCUAGUUAUGCUGCCUGGUGUGUGGGUCACUUUACCAACUAGCUAAAAACUAAGAUUUGAUAAGAUCAAUUUAAAAUAAAUUCUCAUAGUUUGUCUCAAAAUGUUUUUGACUUGGAGGAUAAUUGAACACGUCAUGUCAUCUGUUGACCACGUCUUCUUUAGACACACCCAGCAGAGCAUAAAUGUAGCUGCACAGUUAGCAAACAUGCUACAUUUUGAGAUUAGCCAUUAUUAUAAACACCACAGUUUUAGAUUUAUUUAAAUUCUUUCACAUAAAAUAGUUCAGUUUCUUUCACAAUAUUUAAAGCUCCAAGUUGUUCAUUUAUUCAACUACUGCUUUCAGUGAAGACGUUUAGUCAGCUAAAUAAUCUAUUCACGCUAUCGCAUCUACGCACUUCAUUCAAUGUGAAGAAGUCCAAGUGUGUGUUUGCUUCAAAGUAUCUUAAACUGUAUACUGGAGAUUUGUUUUAUUUAAAUGUGAAUCAAAGAGCACACUCAUGAAAACUUACUGGUGUGUGCUUUUUAAAAAAAAUGUGAAUAGUUUCUUGGUUUUUGGUUUGGAAUAAAUAAAUGUUAUUUUCUCAUCAUUUCA